AUGGUAAACUCGACAAACAAUCCAACAAUUGACUCUUUGAAAUAUCUAUGUUUCCGAAAUAGGGGGAUGCUAAGAUUACGUGAACUCAUUGACAACUCCAUAAAGACAAAUAAUGGAAAUCCUAGUGUACAUGUUGGUGGUGAUUCCCACAAAGAGAAAGUCAACGAUUAUGGUGAUGAUGAUGUCGGUAUCAGUGUGUAUGGUGAAUUUCUCGGCGCAAUGAAUGAUCUCUUGAAUGCUGUAUCGUUCGGUACACCUGACGAUAAGAUUAUUAUCAUUUUGGCAUCUUUAUUUGAACAUUUUGGCUAUUUAAGGCUUUCUCGGCUUUGCUAUGAAUUGAAAACGUUCAAUGAUGAUAUAUUAUUAAUAAACGAUGCAAAACUAAUUGAUGGAUAUCUGAAGUUGCUUUCGAACUUAAACGUUCAUAAUAGAGUAUACUCCAAGCUGAAAAAUAAAAUCGAAAGGAGUUUAUUUUGGAAAAAUAGAAAUGAAUUUAAAUCGUAUGAUUGGGAUGAGUUACUGACCUUAGAAGCGUGGGAAAACGAGAGAUGUGAUGCACUAAAAGAAGAACUAGUUAUUGAAGUCGAUGUUAAUGAUGGCAUUGUUAAUAUAGACCAUUUAUUGGGCGAAUUUGUAGGAUGUCUACCAAAACCUAAAGGAAGAGGGAAGUGCUAUGAUGGAUAUACUUUAACUGGAAAAACCAUCGAUAAAGUUGAGUUUGAAUUUCAUUUCAAGAAUACGGAGCCAAUCAGAAGUGAAGACACAAAUGACUCUGUGGAAAAACCUCAUAGUGAAAGAAAGAUCGAAGACCUUGAUCUUCCUGAAAAAAAUGAUGCCGUUUUAACCGCCUCUGAUUCCGGAAACCAAGUGAUUAAUGAUACUGUCCGCUUUAGAGUGCUUAGAACCAAGAAUGAAGAUGACCAAAAUGACCAACUGAAGAAUUCUUUGGAACGAUUGAACAAUUUUGCAUCUGUCACUUUACCCUCAUUCUUGAAAACAUGUAACAUUAACAUAAAUUUCCCAUCCUUGGUAAAUCUAAUAUUAUACGGGGAUGAGUGCGGUAUUGAUUUAAUGACGAGGAAGUUUUAUUCGUGUAUUAAGAGUUGGGAUGAUGACUUCACCCAGUGUCUAUCGGUUACCGGAGAUAACAAAAAGAAAAAUAAUGAAUCAGUUAGAGAGAUACUUAACAUUAACUCAUCAAAAGUUAUAAACCACUCGAAAUAUACAACUGCAGAUGUAGUCUCUUUGAAGCCGUUUCUUGACUCUAUGAAUAGCGGAGGGAUGCAUUUUAACGAAAUUAGGAUGCAUGUUUUAGAGUACUUGUUCAAUUCAAAAUAUAUCUGUUUUAAUAACAUGAGUAAAGCUUCUUUGAGGAACUUAAAAUCCAUAGUUGAUUCUGUCAGUAUUAACUAUUUUAACCAAAUGGAGAAAUCAGUUAACAUUGGAGAAACAAUAGACUCACGCAUGUUGAAUAUUGCAGUUUCGAUAUUUGAACUUCUAGUUGAUUCCUUCUUGGAGCAAUCGAAAGAGCAAAAAUUGAAAAUCACGAAGUCUUCCAACUUGCUACAAGAUCCGUACAGUUCCGAAAAUAUCCUUAUCAAUAGAAUAAACAAAUGGAGCUCGAUUAUAGAAGACAUGCUUAUUACUGAUCAAACAAUAGGAAAAUCUGAAGUAUGGUGCAGAUUCAAAUGGUUUCAAUUAUUGUAUUUGCAGAGCUGUCCUUCGCAUAUCAAAACGCAAAUUUUGACCGAUUUAUUGACUGAUUUAAUUGACGUUAUUAGAUCCAACGAGUUGUACUUGCCGUAUGUGAAUUUUGAAUUGGUGCCCGUAUUAAGCUAUGAAAGUAUCAGUACACAGCACUCUAAGUUGAGCAUCCUACAAAUGUUUGAUUCAAAUGAUAAAUCCAAUGAAAUUCUUGAGAACAUUCUGUUGGGCUUGCCAAAUCCCACAUUAAACGAUGAUCCAGCUAAAAGUCAACUUGAAAAAUUUACUAAGCUAGCAAACUUACAAAUGAAACUGAGGUUAUGGUGUUUACUUUUGAGAUUUUAUAGAAUUGAGAAUCAAAUAGAGAAAUAUAAAUUAGCUUUUGAGAAAGUGCUAAAUAUUAUGACAAAUGAACUGCAUCCAGACAGCUUGAUAAAAUUGUCACCGGAAGAUCAAAAUUUCACAAUCCUUACUAUAGUUGGAUUCUUCAAUUAUUUUUCAACCAAAUUUAUUGAAUUUGCAGAUGAAUGUAACUUCACGUGCUUUCAACCAACACAUCGUCAAUCCUCUUCAGCUGUGUUAUCAUUUAUUGGCUCUUUAACUUAUUGCUUAUACUCUUUCUUAAUGUAUCAAAAAUCAGUCCAGGUGUCUCGCAAAUUAAGUCUGCAUACAGUUUCUGUUAAAUCCUAUGAGAUAUUAAUGAAUGCAAUCUCAUGCUGUUUAUUUCUUGCGUGUGCAUAUUAUCCAAGUGCACUAACAAACCGAAAUGAGGAAUACAUCAAUGAUUUUAUGAGCCUAUGCCAUGUUGAGCUAGGAUUGAGGCACAAAUGUAUGACAUUAAAUGGCACAUUCCUAAAAUUCCUACAACUCAAGCUUUUAGACCUUGAUAUUAAUAUCUCUUGCACUGAUUUCUUUCAGGUGAUACAUUGUAGGUUUGGAAUGCCGGUGUCCCUGGAUAAGUUUGAUACGUUUGAUCAUAAGUGCAAACCAAAGAGUAUGACUGUUGAAGAUUCUGAGCAAUUAUCCCAAUACAUUUCUAAAUAUUGCUACAAAGGUAAGCAUCCUGCUGUAUCGCCACCAAAGAGUGAUAUCAAAAGUAUCAUUGAUAAAAUAGUCCAAACUGUCGAACCUAUCCAAGAAACCGAUCCUGCUUCCGUACAAAACCGAAAAAUUUUCAACAACUUCUUAAAGCAUACUAGUAUCGACAUGGAAUUUAUUAUAGCUUGUUUUCAAGGUGAUUUUGAACUUGAUUUCAAAACUCCAGAUGGUAUCUUUGCCUCAGUUGCUAAAAACGGUAUGUAUUAUCUUCAAGGCAUUGUUGGGCUAAAUCUUGUAAAUUCCAGGAAAAGGAACGCUUAUUUAAGAUCUAGUGAACUUGAACUCAUCCAAAAAACGCUAGAAAAAGAUAUACAAUGUGGGUGCAACCGUUUUGAAACCUGGGUUGCAUUGGGACAAAUAUAUUCAUAUCUUGUGGAGUAUGAUUUGAUUUGGACUGCAGAUAAGCUCAAUUCAAUCGAACGUAAGCAUCAAACAGCAUUUACUCAGAAAAAAGCACUUUUGUGUUAUUUCAAUGCUAUCAAUACAUUGAACAAAUUACCAAACUCAGAACGAUCUAAAGCUUCAGCUGUGCUCCCUGGGUUUUGGGAAUCUUUAGGUAAAGAACUGUAUGCAGCAUGGAGAGAACCAAUGAAUAAACGAGCAUUUCAUGUCAAGCCAAAGGAGGAUAAAAAUGACCAGAUUAUUUAUCUUGCGUCUAAUGAUAUACCACAUAAUGCCAUUUCUAAACUGUUAGACUUAGCAUUUAAAAACGCCUAUGAGCUUAAUAGAAGUAGUUGGUUUGAUCUGAUGUACCUAGCAAAAUCAGAACUAAUGCUGCAAUAUGUUGAUGUAAAGUCAAAAUUGAUAGUUGAAAGUUUGUUAAAAGCUUGCACUUUAUCAUUAGAUCAAAGCAACAAGGAAGAUCCGAUUUUAGAACCACAUUACUAUCUUUUCACCAUUGUAGGAAAAUUGCUUAAGAGGGGAAUUAUUACAGAGGCAGAUGCUAUUCAGAUUUAUAAGGACGAUGACCUAUUUGUUUCGAUAUUUGAAGGAGAGGAAUCAACGGAUUUUCCAAUUAUAGCAAAAAAAAUGCUUGAAAAAAUGAUUGAUUAUGAUAAAAAGAAAUGGCAGCAUAAACCAGUUUACAAGUUGGCUAAAUGGUACCAUGACGUAGAACAUAACAAUUUGAAAGCAAAGGAAGAAAUGCUCAAGCUUGUCAACCUCAAGGCCAACGUAAGAGCACUGAGUACUAUAUGGAAACCUAACAGUGAAAGGCCCGGAAAGCAUUAUAUUUACAAUUCCAUAUACACCCAAUUUCUGGUUGAUAUUUUGUAUGAACUAGGAGAUAUUUAUUCGUUAAGCAUCUUGGUGAAAAAAAUGAGGAGGGCAGGCUCGACUAUGGUCAACCUUACUAAAACUUUUGAUGCCAUUACAUUACGAACAUGUAGUUUGUUGAAGAAAAGCUUGAAAAUAGAACCAGGAUAUUUAGACAAUGUGAUUUCUAAGAUUAAAUUUGCUGACUUUUUAAAAUACUCCAAUGAGUAUAUAGAAACUUUGAGAAAUACCAACAUUUUUGAUGAUAACAUGCUGCUGCACUUUUAUUUUCUAAGCGAGACUCAUAACUUCAGAAAAUUGGCGACAGGUUUUGGUGCAACGGGAGUGAUUGAUGAAUCUUUCCAUAGUAUAUAUAUGUUGCUGUUCAUGCCUUACUUAACAAAAAGGAUUAUCGCAGAAGAAUUCAAAGGACUACCUGCAAAAUAUCUACUUGAAAAGUCAAAGAAAUUCUCGGUAGAUAAAAUACUGAAACCAAAACAGUCGACUCCCGAUGCAACGAAUUUUCCAGAAGGUCCAGAAAUUCAACUAGACCCUAUAACAGGGUUACUCGUUCCUGUUACAGCUAAAGAACAAACAGAUGAAGAAAUUCCUCCAUUGGAAGAGUUCUCCAAGGUUUACCAAGAUAUUAUCCACCUACCUCUUCAGGAUCAACUAUCCAUUAUUUCUUAUUUGUCGUUUUCAUCACUUGGAAGUGACACUCCUGCCAAGGACAAAAUUAAAGUUGCACGUAGGGAUGUUACACCUUUUGCCACUAAAGUUGUCAAUAUAACGCAGUCUUUUGUUGAUGAGUUGAAAGAACGAACUGAAGAUGGUAAAUCGAUAAACUAUGGGAUUGAAGGGCCAUUUACGGAGAAAGAUUUAAUGAAUGUUAAUGUAGGUGUGUCAGUAAAGACAACUAAAGAAAACAAGGAAGAUUGGGAAUUCAACAAACUGACAUCUGCACAUGAUCGUUCUUUUACAGCGGUUGAAUUGAGUAACUUCAACAAAAUUUUGGACACAUAUGGUGUAACCACACUAGAAAACCCACAAACUAAUUCUGAAGUGGAGGUUGAAAAAAUGAGGAUGGAAGGUAUGAAACAAGAGGAAGCUAACCAAAAUGGAAACGUAGUAUCUGUUUAUGGAAGUAAGUCUGCCCAAGGAUUAUCUAAUAAUAGUGUGAAUCAUGAACAAGAAAGUAAGGAUUCAUUGCACAAAAACAAUGAAAUAAGUUCCUUGCCUGAUCAUGAGAUAAAUGACACUCCUAUAUCCACUACUCCUUUAUUCCCAUCUUCUGCUCAAGAGUCCGGCGUUAAUACUUGGUCUGCUCAGUCGGGGAUGGAUGUUAAUAACCCUUUCCACUCACCCUCUAAAACCAAUGCUAUCGAAGGUACACUCUUAGCACAAAACACGUCUGUUCAAACAACUGACGAUUUACCUCAAAGUAUGUCUGUGACUGGGAAUUCUAACGCUCCUAUCACCAAAAUUCUACCUGAACACUAUAAUAAGAAUGCAGAUCCAGCCAAUAACGAAGAGUGUAGUAAGCAUUGUGAGGAAACCAAAAAUAUCAUAACAGGCUCUCCGGGGGGAUCUGAGAAGUUAACACCAUCCAAGCCAGUACAAUCAAAAAUCACUAGCUUUUUCAAACUGACACCGUCCAGAGAGUCAGAUUUUAGUUCAAUGGCCUCUGAUGGAGGUGCUAGCCCCUUGAAAAGAAAAAUGCUUGAAGAAAAUACAUCUGCGGCGAAAAGAGGGAGAUAUUAUUUUGAUACAGAUGAUAUAUCCCAUUCUAAUGCAGAGUCUUCUGAGCAUUCGAUGUCUUCAUCUCCACGCCGUAACUCGAGACGUUCAGUCUGUAACCCUACGUUGUUUGAAUUGGGUAAAGAUGGUGUGGUAAAGGAACAGAAGGAUAUCAAAACCGAACGUGCGAAACAACUAGCCGAAGUCAUUACCUCUGGAGAUGAAGAAGAAAAUGCAGAACAAAGCGUCAUUAUCAUAGAUUGA